AUGUCCGAGCUCUGGUCGUCGAAGUUCUUGCCCAUCGUUCUCCAUCAAUUAGCUCAUAACAAAGCCAUAAUAUGGAAGCUGACUGUUAUUUUCAUCAGUUGCUUGUGUCUCGUGCGGAAUGGCAGGAUAUGUGCCGCUAAUAUACCAAAGUUCAGUGCUGUUAAAGGCGUCUCCCACGAUCGGCAGAUUCAACGGGUGGCGCAGGCUUUCGAAGAUGCAGUGCUGUUGGCAAGAGUGGCUACGGCAACAUUUAAUCCGUGCGAGGAAAUCUUCCUUCGCUACUUUCAGCCCCUGGAAGCGACAUUCGUCAAACAGGUCUUCCAGAUAAUUGCAAACAUGCCCCUCAACCAGGAGCUAGACGGCAAAAAUGUGAUUGAAGUGCUCUCGAGCUCCUCGAUGGCUGAAGAACCACAGCCAAAAUUCGAUCAGUUGGAAAUUGCAUUCGGGAGCCAUCCCGCUCUUCCAGAAAACAAGCAAGUGUCCCAAAAGUAUCCGUCACCCGAGGAAGUAGCGAAUCCUCCAAGUUCAGUCAAAGCCCCAGAAGGCAACCCUGAGCCAGGCUACACUUGCGACGGCCUCGGUGAUGACGACAGUGAUUGGAUGACCUCUCCAGGUGGCAUUCUUUUGCACGAGCUCCUGCAUUGGACCUUUCUCUUGGACGAUAUUACCGGGUUUUCGGAUAUAAUUGAUGAGAACGACGACGAGUUCCCACAAAUAGUUGACUUUUGGGGACCCGACCCACCCGAUGGAUAUGGACCAUUUCAUGCAAUGCAGCUCAGAAGUCAGGGCGCGUACGUUGCCAUACAGAAUGCCGACACGUAUCGCUGCUAUGCUCAGUCCAAAUACUGGACUUGGAAGUGUGGAAAGUCGUUUGGACGGGCGCAGAGUGACGAAGAUAAUACUAGGAGAACUGGUAUCCGGAUCAUUCGUGGUGAUCUCGAAACAGGAGAAGAGUGA